AUCAAUUCCAUCAAUUCUUUGCAGGCAUCAAACAAACCCCAACUCUCAAGAUGGCACAACAGCAAAGGAUUGAACUGCAGGAUUUGGAUCUGAAUCAACUCGUGGAAGUCAAGAAACAAUUGGAAGAUGAACUUUCUCACUUGACAAGCUCCUUUGGACAAUUGAAGCAAGCUCAGAAUAGGUUUGCGGAUUGUAUUGACAGCUGCAAGUCUAUCAACGAUGCCAAUAAAGACAAGGCGAUCCUUGUUCCUCUCACAAGUUCGCUCUAUGUUCCUGGAAAGCUUGCUAACGUCGAGAAGGUUAUUGUGGACAUUGGAACUGGAUAUUAUGUUGAGAAGUCCACUGAGGAUGCGAUCAAGUUCUAUACAACCAAAGUGGAUUUCGUAAAAGAGAACUUGGAUAAGAUUCAGACGACAGUUUCCCAAAAGCAAGGAAACUUGCGUUCACUCGUGGAUGUCAUGCAGUAUAAGCUACAGUUGCAGCAACAGGAACAAAAGGCAGCAGCAACAACAGCAGUCAAGGCAUAGGAUGUAGAAAAUAAUAGUUAUAAUAAUAAAAAGGGA